AUGGUGUUUUCAUCAUCCGAGUGUAUCAUCUGGCUUACCGUAUUCACCGCCGAGUCUGUUGCUAUAGUCACGGUGAAUCUCCUUGCCAUCAUUCUUUUUAUAAAGAACAGAAGCCUUCGCACUCGCAGCAUGUACUUGGUUAUAAGCUUAACCGUGGCUGAUAUGUUGGUUGGAGUCCUAUCCGGGGGUUAUCUUCAAUUUGAUUUCCUACUACAAUGUGGCCUUAUAAAAUUGAAUUUAUCUCGGAAAGUUAUUAUUCCAUUAGCGAUCUUUUUUGAUGUCUUUCCUCUUGUCUCCCUGACAAACAUUGCCGUGAUUUCUUUAGAGCGAUUUCACGCUACGUUUCGUCCAUUUAGGCAUCGGCUCAUCAAGAGAUGGGUCUACGUGGUGGCAAUUGCUGUUGUCUGGGUUUUUCCUCUAAUUGUUUUAGUCAUUUUCCGGGUAGAGUUGCUUUAUUUGAUUGGAUAUCACCUUUACAUAGUUGAAUCCUACUGUCUUUUGUGUUUAAUUGUUACCUUUGUUUCUUACACGUCCAUUCUCUUUAAGUUUCGUUUUGGAGCUCAUCCUCAGCGCCAUUGUGCAGCUGCUUUAAGACAAAGAAAACUAACUGUCACAUUGUUUAUAACAACUUUAGUAUCUUUACUGUUGUGGUUACCAUACAAUAGUUUUCUUUUUGUUGACUGGUCAACUGAUAUUUUGAAUUCCCCUUCUUUUAAAGAACGUUUUGAUUUGAUUUAUUCUUUGCUUUUUUUGUUUUAUGCAAACUCCCUUGUAAAUCCCAUUUUGUACACAAUCAGGAUGCCAGACUUUAAAAAAGCUCUGCUCUCAUUGUUCAGACGUCAUCAAAGAGAAAAUGUUGCUAUUCCGCUAAAUCGUUACUUUGUAAGUAGCUAAGAAUUAAACAAACGGAAGACACCCUUGAUGCAAUUGUGUAAAAACAUACAUAGAAGCACAUUUAAAGCUACAUUAGGCUGUAUGUUAAGGAAGCUGUGCGGAAGAAAUAAAGAUUAGACGUGAUGAACAAGUGCUUAAAGUGUGUUCAAUUGGGAACUCUGUUUUGGUGGAAUGCGAUGUAGGAAGAUAAAUAAUGCUAUGUUAAUACUUUGCCGGAUAGCCAUUGCGAAAGCAGGAAAACCAUACCGGAAAGAUACCCCUCGUCAACUGCCUUUUUCGAAUAUUCGCGUCAGUUUGUUUACAUUCGCGUUCGUCUCCACUUCACGCUGAUUGGCGGAAAUCUGACAGCUCAGUCGACGGGUAGCCACAGGGAAAUUGGAGGCGGAAUUAAAAUCCCAAAGGCGUAGUUCGUCAGCUUUACUUCCUUUUCCCGCCCCGCCACCAGAGCGCCCCGGAGAGCUUGCUCACAGGCUAAUGGAGGGACUACCGUUAUUCACCAGGAAAGCAUUUAUAAAAACAGCGAGGAUUGGGGGGAGGGGAAAUGACUGCGUAGUAAGAUAUUACAGAGUUUUUACAUCACCAAUUAUCACUUGUUUUUCUUUGUACAUAUGCACCUAUUCGCUUCCUUUCGCAACAAAUAAUUACAGUAAAAAUUAUAACUAAAAAUGCAUAUUAAUAAACAUUUGAAAGAGUAAUAAGCAAUUAUUUUCAGCCAGUAUAUUAAAAAGCGAGCCGCAGAUGUUGCUCAAUUAAGACAAACAAGUCAAACUAAAUUGGCCCGUGUCUGGUUCCACUCGUUCAUAGCACCGGCACGAUCUCCAUUUUGUUGUUAAAUUUGAACAUAACUGGCAUCGUGUCACUAACAUACACCCUUGCUAACCUUUACUAGUAACAUGUACCUUAAAACCUAAACAAAAUAAUGAUAAUGAGAAUAAUACAAAUUAAAAUUACUGGACAAGAACGUAUCCCAGUUAAGAUAACCAUUCGUGUUAGGAAAAAACAGUGAUUCGCAGGUGUUCUUGGCCCCUUUCUUGCCCUUGAACAAUUCUUGCCUGUUCUUGUUACUCAGUUUAGCGUAAUUUGUGGUAUUAUCCAUGGCCUUCUUUACGAAAUUGUUACUCAAUCUUUUCUCAUAUACAGCAAGAAGAAUUCUUGUUACUUUUGCGAUUUUUGCGAAAUUUGCUAUUUCUUCUAUACUUUUCUGAUAGCAGUUUUCUUUAAAUCUUUUUUGCUAAAAUUGCGAAAACAAUUUGCUAGCAAAUUUUUGCUAACUAAGAAUGCAUAUUAAUGAAGCAUCAGUUAAUUUGAAAGUGCAAUAAGUAAUUAUUUUUAGCCAGUACAUUAAAAAGCGAGCCGCAAAUGUUGCUCAAUUAAGACAAAAACGUCAGACUAAAUUGGCCCGUGUCUGGUUCCAGUCGUUCAUAACACCGACACGGUCUCCAUUUUGUUGUUAAAUUUUAACAUAACUGGCAUCGUGUCACUCACAUACACCCUUGCUAACCUUUACUACUAACAUGCACCUUUACACCUAAACAAAAUAAUAAUAAUGAGAAUAAUGAGAACAAUAAUAAUAAUAAUCAUCAUCAUCACCGUCAUCAUUAUCAUCAUCGUCAUCAUUAUCAUCAUCAUAACUAUAACAAAUUGUCAAAUCUGAUUGGCUGUCAACUGCCCUGAUUUCAGCCUUAAUUUGACAGUUUAAUAGGACAGUAGGCGGCAUGCCUAAGUUAUUGGACAGUACGCGCCAUCACGCGCGCGCUGAAAUGGCUUUUUUUUUCACUGCUAGCAAAACAAAAUUUAGAAUUUCUUGUGUUUUGAUCUAAAAAAUAGCCUAUUAUAUCACAAAUUUUGUUAAAGUUAUGAUUAAUUGGUAACAGAACUUCGUGUCGUCCAAUUUGGUCUGUAACAAGAGAGGAUAAAGGGGACAGAGAAGGCAUCCCCCAUACACACCCUAUUCCAUAGGUUUUUCGUCUCGAGUUAUUUUUAAGACCACAGAUCCCAAGGGGGAUUAGACAACAGCCAAUCACAUAACGCGAAUGAGUUCCGCGUGGAUGACCCACGCUCAGAGCCACGUGUCCUUCACGAAAAAAAAUGGCGGAAGACGCGGAGAGCGAUAUUGCUAUUCGUUUUGUCGACGAAAACGUUUAAGGAGAGAUUUCUACUAAAGCGGUGUCAGUGAAAUGGAAAUUAAAAAAGAAUCGCCCCUCCUCUCUUGUAUAGAGCUAACAGUACAGCAGGCAAAUUCUUAACACACUGAAUAUUCUCUCAAGAUCAUUUAUAAUUUACAGUUUGAAGAGAGCAACUUCUGGUUUGAUAUUUGAUCUUUUAUUAGUAUUCUAUUGUUCAACAAAAAUAACACUUGGCGUCCUACUUGCUUUAUUGUACAAACGACCGGUUUCAAUAGAGCGGCGAAAUUUCUCAUUUUAUUAAAGCACUGAGGUUACGAAAACUUCGAGUUAAACUGAUUUCACGGGUUGUCAAAGAGUCCAGCGAUUCGCUUUUCCCAGGUGAGCGCCGACUCAUUUCGCUUCAAUAUUCAGAAGUGCUCUCGAUCUCUUUACGCUUUCAUUGCCUUUCGCUCGACAUGUUUUGCACGGCGUUUAGUCAUGCGAAACGUCCACGAAACAUCCACGCAGCGCGCGAGGUAACUUUAUCCCAAUUCGAAAAAUAACUCGAGACGAAUUACCCAUGGAAUAGGGUGUGUAUGGGGGAUGCCUUCUGUGUCCCGUUUAUCCUCUCUUGGUCUGUAAUCAUACUCGUGAUUAAACAAAAACGGACUCCCGCUACGCGGUCGUCCAAUUUUGUUAAUCACUCGUAUGAUUAGAGACCGAAUUAGACUCCACUCAGUCCUGUUACCAUUACUAAUAAUAAUAAUAAUAAUAAUAAUAAUAAUAAUAAUAAUAAUAAUAAUAAUGAUAGUGAUAGUGGUAAUAACUAUAACUAAAAAUGCAUAUUAAUGAGGUACUGUCUAAUUUUUAUUUACCAAUAAGUACAGCUGAAUGCCAAUCAUUUUAGGUGGCAAGUGCUUUGUGAUCGACAAAGAAACACAAACAAGUCAGAAUAUAUUAGCCCCCGUCUGGCUCCACUCGUUCAAAACGCCUACCAGUCUUCAUUUUGCGGUUUUUAAAAACUGCUAGCGUCCUUUUUAAAGAAGGUAAGACAGUUUACUUCCAGUAGAACAAGUGAAGUUUCAGAUAUGUCCAGGAAGGAUCUUGUGAACAAAAAUUGGCUAGCAAAUUCUUUUCGCAAUUUUCGCAAAAGAAAUGAUUCACCAGAAAAUUUUGUGAGACAAUCACUUGCAAAUAUCACAAGAGUUGCAAGAAUAAACAAUUUAAAAAAAAUUCUAGACUUAGAAAGAAAAAAGGCCAAAAAUGGCCUCGAAAAUCCCCCAAAAUUAAGGGCGCAAAAGUAACAAGGAUUUUUCUUGCUACCUCAAAACACCGAGUAACCAAUACCUCAAAAAUAGCAAUAAUGACAAAUUUAACAAACUUCUAGACUCAGAGAAAAAACGGGCCAAGAAGGGCCUCAAAAAGGCCUCAAAUUUCGCAAAAAUCGCGAAAGUAACAAGGAAUUUCUUUUCUACCCAAAAGCACGGUUAACAUACACCCUUACUAACCUUAACUAGUAAAAAGCAUCUUCACACAUAAAAUAAUACGUACCAAGAAGUAAAGCUUCUAUAUUUAUCUUUUUUAGGCAGUAUAUUAAAGAGUGGCAAGUGCUUUGUGAUCGACAAAGAAACUCAAACAAGUCAGGAUACAUUAGACCUUGUCUGGCUCCACUCGUUUAUAUCACCGGUCAGUCUUCGUUUUGCUGUUUUUUUUUUUUAACUGCCAGCGUCCUUUUGAAAGAAGGUAAAUAAUUAUAAUUCCAGUAGAAUAUGUUACGUCAAGUUACAUACGAUUUAACAUCGCAUUGUUUAGGUAAAGAGAAAAUAUAAAUUCUUAAUAUUCUAAAGUGAACACGGAAGACACGCAAACCGGCUUGCUUUUAAUUUUGUCAGCUAAAUUUGAACUUUUGUGAACAGUUUAAUAACACAAGCGACCAGUUUAAUUUCUUUUCAAAAGGACUAACGGCUUUAUCAAACUUUAUUUUAGAUUUCUCCCCAAGUUUUUGUCUUUUUCUGCAACCGUAGUUGAUAGCGGUCUCCUCCACUAACAACGAAAAACAGACGGCGUCUAAACAGGUGACCAGUUCACUGAUAAGGUAGGCCAGUGCUUCAUUUCUGAGGAAUUUAUUUGUAUUAAUACUACAAGCUCAUGACUCAGUUCAAACAAAGUGUCAAUGAACCUGAGAGUCCCCAAAAGAAGUUUUUGUCCUUUGAGGAGGAUAAAUUGUUAGAUUUUUAUUUUGGUCUCAAUUAUGUCUAGUAUAGAUCUUAUACAGGAAAUAAUUAUUAGCUAAUCCAGCUUUUCAAAUGGAAGGCAGAAGCAGUAAAUUAGUUCUAUAAAGGGAGGGAGGAAGGGUAGAAGAAGGCGUAUAACACAAGGAAUAAAGGGUCAUAUUUCCUUUAAAUGACGUCUGCCAUGAAGGCUAAACUUGUCAGAAAACCCUGCUCAUGGCAAUCAUGACAAGACUUAAAGGCUACUUUUGCGCGUGAUCUUGAGGCUUAGCUUGUUCUUCUAUAAACAAAUAAAGAAAAAUUGCGAUCCUUCCCACGUAUCGCUCUGUUUUUGACCCCAAAUGACGCCCGGAGAGCAGUAAUAAAACCCGUCUUUUUGCUAAAUUUAAUACUCCUUUAUCUCGAAUCAUGAAAACAAUAAAUGUAUCUGUCCAUCAAACAUGUUUUUUCGUUGUCUUUUACUUAUUAUUGGUGCAGAUAAUUUUGAAUUAUUUAAAAACUGAAAAAAGUACCAGAAAAAGCAAGGCUGGACGCGAGUUUUAUGAUACAUUUUCUUCUAUAUAUUUUCUCCUUGUCAAUUUUACAGACAAUUAGAAGCCAUAAAUUAACGUUGACAUGCGUUUGUAUUUUUAACCGAAAAUCUUUUGUAUUUGCAUUUGCACUUUUUUUUAACGAAGAGAAAUCUAGGAAGGGAUAUCUUUGGAAGGACUUGUUAGUCAUAAAAGAGUCCAAGCAAUAUGCUUAGCCACAAGUUGCUCGUCAGCUCAGUUAAACUGUGUUAUUUAUACUACUGAGUGAGUGUGCGGAGUCCAGGACUGGCCCAAUUACCAAUGCCAGCUUGGUGUUACACGCCUGUCCAUGAGGUAAACGGUAUCACAUGAUCCGUUUUUCAAGAUGGCGGACAACACUUUCCAACUGGGAAGAACGUGCAGAUGAAGGCCCGAUUAAUUCAACUGUUGAAUAUUAGUUCUAUUAAUUAAUGAAGUUUUGUUAAAAAAAGGAAAUGCGUAUAAAACCUACUUGAUAUACUGCGCAUGAUCUAAGCUGCAAUAAAACCGACUUCAAGUGCAAACAAGUAAAAAAAAACUGCAACUUUUCGGCAACGUUUAGACACUUAUAUCGGCAGUUUUUGGUAAUUUAUCGGCACACUUGUGGCUAAGCCUACAAAGCAACGCAUCUUGAAACCGGCACUGCAUCUCGUGAACAAUGAAUUUAAUCCUUCAUUACUAUAGCUACCAGUUCCGUCCGCCAACCGACGGAAUUUAUAACGAUCGAUUUACAAACAAACACCGCAGCGUACAGUUGCAUUUUGGAACCUCUGCUUCUUCAAAACAAAACAAAACAAAAAAACAUGCAUGACUCAACUUACUCUUUCAUUAACUUUCGUAAAUAUGUGUUAACUUUUCGUGUAAAACGGCCUCACACAUAAGUUCUUAAAUGGUUUAGACGAGUGCUUGGGCCGGCUGCAACGCAGGCUAGAUGUAGGAAGACAAAUGAGGCUAUGUUAAUACUUUGCCGGAUAGAUAUUGCGGAAGCAGGAAAACCAUACCGGAAAAAUACCCGUCAAAUACCACACUUUAUUAACCAACAUGACCGCUACAGGCCGCCGUGUAAAUGCCACGUCACGCAAAAGAGUAGAAAUUCAAGCGUACUGACUAUCACAAAAGGAAAAAAAAACAUUUCGACGUGAAAAUUUGUCUCAAUAUUAGUUUUUAGCUGCUCUAAUAUUUCAUAAAAGUAAAAAUUCAGAGGGAUUGACAAUUCUCUAGUUGGAAUUUUCAAUGACGUCAUGUGCAUUAAAUGUCACAGAUUACAUUGGAUUCAAGCCACGUUCAAUGAACAAGAAAAAAUCGGCGAAACAGUAUCUGUGGACCAAUUAAUUAUCCAGUUAGCAAACUCUUUGCUGUAUUAAAAUAAUAGAGCUCAAGAAUGUUCGUAUCAUUGCCGUCGUCUACAUCGUCACGAUCUCCACCUCAAAAAACAUUUCCUUUAAAUGGGCUUUUAUAAAAAGAUAAAAAAAUAAAUAAUAAUUAAUAAUAAUAAAAAAAAAUGAGAUGUUUGACCACAAUUUAUAACAAACAGGAUGCUCAAAAUUACACAGACAUGUAGUUAUUUACAUUAAUUUUCUUUAUUGGUGUGUUUAUACUUGAUAAAUACGUUAAGUAGUACAAGAUGGGCACGAUCAGAUUGUUUUGGCAAAGAAAAAUAAAAACGAUCUUAUAUUUUAAAGUCGCCACAGAACAUUUCAACUGACUUGCUUUUUCAUUUAGUUAAAUAUGAGCUUUUUCGAACACAAGCGAUCUGUUAACAUUUUAUAAAAGACUCAAGGGUUUAUUAAACUUUAUUUUAGAUUGCUAUACGAGUAUUUGGCCUUCUGCGACGUAGUGAGUAGCGAUCUCUUCUACUUAGAGCGAACGAAACACCGUCUUUUGAACAGUUGACCAGUUUACUUACAAAAAGGUAAGCCCGCAGUGCUUUACUUCUUUGCGCUGAGUUUCAUGACAUCAAUGUUUGUUAUCUAAGUUCUGUCUAUCGAUAAAGUCAAGAAUGUGACUCAGUCUCCAAAGAAAGUCUGCUUUCUAAUCCAGUAGCUCUGAUCAAGAAAACAAUAAUUGCUCAUCAAACAGUUUAAGCUGUCAAUUAUUCAUAACUGGUGCAGAAACCAUUCAAAUUAUUUAAAGAAUGCUAAAAACGAGACUGGAAAGUAGAAAAAAAAAUAAAAAAAUAAAAAUAAAAGGACUGGAGAUUCGUUUUAAAAUGGUACAUUUCCUUACAUUUAUUUUUCUCUUUCUUUAAUUUAAGAGACAAUUGGAAGCCAUAUUAAACUUAUGACUAGUGUUUGUUGCUUAAACAGCGAACGUUUUGCAUUUGCAUAUGCCCUUUCAUUUUAACGCAGAGAAAACACGGAUAAGAUAGUUUUGAACGCUUGUAAGUUUGAAUUUUGAGACCGAUGAAAGAGAAUAUCAAAAAAUCUUGUGUUAUCUUUAAAUAUUGCAAUGAAUAUAGGAACAUAAAAGAACAACAAAAACUUAUCAUUGCCUGAAAGGUUUUCUAGUGGUAUGGUUGUCGCCGUAAACGGCGACUGCUACAGGUCGACUGCAGGUCUAAUACUUUUACAGAUUUGUUGAUUCAUCGAAGUUAAUAUAAAAUCUUUUGGUUUUCCGAUACAUUUCCUCUAAACUCAAACAAAUUAACAGUAACAUAUUGUUUUGGUCCUCUGUGGCUUAAGCACCUUUUAUUGAGUGGACAAGAAUUUAACCCACAAAAAAAACAAACAAACAAUCAAGUGAAAACAAAGAAAUUAUCCACUUCUUCUAUCAGAUAGCAUUGUUCAUCCUUUUUUCCAUCUGGAAGCGAAGUGCGCAUUUUGUGUUCGAGGCGUUCAGAAUUCAGGUAGCAGUGCAAAGCAAACUGAAAACAAAAAAACAAAAAAAAACAAAACUAAAAAACAACAAAAAAAAACCGGGGAACAAGCUAUAUCGUAUUUUACGAUCGUUCUUUUAAGUUACGAUGCUGACCUUUCUUUUGAUCAAAAUACUGAUCAAAGGUUAUUCUUCUUACAGGUAACUGUUGCGGACAACACAAACUCAAGAAACAAUAACACCAUCUGUGAAAUAACUCAUGACAAGAUGAUUAUUUCUUUUUCCGAGUGCGUCAUCUUGUUUACCGUAUUCAUCACCGAGUUUGUUGCUAUAGUAACGGUGAACCUCCUUUCCAUCAUUCUUUUCAUAAAGAACAAAAGUCUUCGCACUCGCAGCGUGUACUUGGUCAUGAGCUUAACUGUGGCCGACUUGUUGGUUGGAAGUCUUUCCGGAAGUGUUGAUAGUUUUUAUAGCCAAAACCGUUAUUGUCCCUUUGUAAAAAAAUAUUCUUUAUCUAGGGAAGUUAGAAUUGCAUUUCUUGUUCUUAUCCCUCUCUUUCCUUUUGUCUCCCUGACAAACAUAACUGUGAUUUCUUUAGAGCGAUUUCACGCUACGUUUUGUCCAUUUAGGCAUCGGCUGAUCAAGAGAUGGGUCUUUUUGGUAGCAAUUGCUGUUGUCUGGGUUUUAUCUAUUAUUACAUUAGUCAUUGUGGGGAUAGAAUAUUUUCUGAUGACAAGCCACCCGCUUUACUUGUCGGCAUCAUACUGUUGUUUGUGUUUAAUUGUUACCUUUGUUUCUUACACGUCCAUUCUGUUUAAGUUUCGUUUUGGAGGUCACCCUCAGCGCCAUUGUGCAGCUGCUUUAAGACAAAGAAAACUAACUGUGACAUUAUUUAUAACAACUUUAGUAUCUUUACUGUUGUGGUUACCAUACAGUAUAUUAUAUCUUCUUGUUGACCGGUCAUCUUAUAUAAGUUUAAAUUCCCUUUCUGGCCCACAAAGAAUUCGUUUGCUUUCUUCACUGAAUUUUUUGCGUUAUGCAAACUCCCUUGUAAAUCCUAUUUUAUAUGCAGUCAGGAUGCCAGACUUUAAAAAAGCUCUGCUCUCAUUGUUCAGACGUCCGCAAAGAGAAAAUGUUGCUAUCCCGCUGAGUCGUUACUAA